AUGCCCGAGAGGAAGCCUGGCUCCACCGAGGGGGCGGCGAACGAGGAGCCCAAGAGGAGAUCGGCGAGGUUGUUAGCUAAACCGGCUCCUGCAAAAGUGGAAACGCGGCCCAAAAAGCCGGCCGGAAAGAAUGAAUCUUCAGACGAAAGAGUGCAAACAAAAGGGAAAAGGGGAGCAAAGGGAAAACAGGCUGAAGUGGCUGACCAAGAGACUAAAGAUGCACCUGCAGCAAAUGGAGAAACUAAAAACGAGGACAGCCCAGUCUUUGAUGAAGCAGGAGAGAAAGAAGCCAAGUCUGAUUAA